UGUAAGCUAUGUCGAACUCCCAAGUGAGUUUAAAUAGCGCUUCAGUUGUUGACCUUUUGUCAAAUAAUGGGAAAAGAGAAGUUGUUGUCGUGAAGGUUGGAACUUCCACAAUUAUGAGAGGAGAGGAAGAAGAGGGAGACAUAGCACUGUCCACCUUAGCACUCUUGAUAGACACUCUUGUUGCACUGAGACACGCAGGCUUUCAUGUGGUUCUUGUAACUUCUGGUGCUGUAGGUUUGGGUUGUAAACGGUUGGAGUUGAAGAGACGUCCGGAAUCUCUUUCAGCCAGACAAGCACUAGCAGCAGUUGGACAAUCCUCUCUAAUGAGAAUAUAUGAGGGGUUGUUUGGUUACGUGAACCAGCACGUUGCACAGGUUUUACUAGCCCGUGGUGAUAUUGCUAAGAGGCAUCAAUAUUUUAAUGCCAAAAGUACCUUUCUUGAACUAUUUCGACUGGGCGUCGUUCCUAUUGUUAACGAAAAUGAUACCAUAGCCAUAGAAGAACUACGCUUUGGAGAUAACGACCGAUUAUCAGCCAUGGUUGCAGGACUUUUGGAUGCCAAGUGGCUAUUCUUACUAACCGAUGUUGAUCAACUAUAUUCUGCGGAUCCACGUGUUGAUUCUUCUGCAGUUCCUAUUGAUAUUGUUAAGGAUAUUGAUUCUUUAGCCAUUCAUACUGGAAGUGGGACCAAGGGAGGCACGCAAUGGGGAACUGGAGGAAUGCAUUCAAAGAUUAUCGCUGCUCGUCUUGCUACUUCAUCGGGUGUUACUGUUUGUAUUAUGAAUGGUAGAAAGCCUGAGAAUAUGUUAAAUUUUGUUGUUUCAAUUGGUCAGAAAGGAAUUGGGACUAUUUUUCUUCCACAGGAGAAGAUUAUUCGAGGCGGAAGAAAGCGCUGGAUAGCACAUGGCUUGAAGCCUUCUGGCACUAUAUAUAUAGAUGAAGGAGCUGAAAAAGCAAUACAGAACAAAAAGUCUUUGUUUGCUGCCGGAAUUCGACGUGUUGAGGGCUAUUUCGAUUCGGAUAGUGCAGUUCGUAUAUGCAACUUAAGUGGCCAAGAAGUGGCUCGAGGUCUUGUAAACUACUCGAGUGAUGAAAUUGACAAAUUGAAAGGACUUCAUAGUGAAAUGCAGACAGAAUAUUUGGGAUAUGAUGGCCCUGCAGAAAUUGUCCAUCGUCAAAAUCUCGUAGAUAAACCGUCUGGUUGCAAUGAGUGAUGAAUGAAUCGUUUAAGAUAUUUCAGUUGUAUUAUAGAUUGUGAUAUUUGGAAUGGUAAAGCCAUUUAAGAAUAUUCUUUUCUAUGAAUUGUGAAAACCUUAGUUGUAUGAUAAGGUUUGUCUAAAGUCAUUCUCUCUCCUAAAUGGGAAAAAAUCUUUCCGUAGCCAACUAAACUUGUACUC